AAGUGCAACACUUUAGUUUACAGUUGCGAGGACACAGGUAUAGAAAUAGAGCGAGCAGUACAGCAGUGAGGAAACAAUGAGUACAAUAAAAGCACGUUUGGUCAACCGUCAUGGCUAUUACCUGGAAGUCCAAAGUAAUGGAACAAUAACUUCCAAUGUGAAAGGAGACAGUUUGUAUGGUAAGAAAUAGUAAGGAUGCUUUUUGGCGUUGUGUUUCGUUUGUUUUCCACACACGAAAAUUUAUUCUACAUUUUGCAUUUACGCUGUACAAACACACACUAAAGCAUCUAAAUGAUAAGUUUUGUCACCUGGUAUAAGUAUUUUCUAUAUUAUUUGAAAUAAAUGAUACCAUGUAGGAAUUAGCCUGGCUUAAAAAGCUCCCAUUCGUUUCUAUAUGGACCAUAUACCACAAUAUAUAUCACAAUACUCUAGACGUGGAUACAAGCAUUACUGCAUCAGGAUAUGCAUUUUGUCUCCAUGCCGUUUUCUGCAAUUUUGUGCCAUAUAGUAUAUAUAGCCUAUCUAACACUUCUGGAAUACUACGAAACAACAUGCAGUCACAUUAACAAUACUUAUCACCGGACUUAAAAUUUUUCUUCGUUGUACUCUGAAUCAGCAAUGCACCGUAGAAACAUACACAUAUUUACCAUUUUCCUUUAAGGUAUUCUCGAAUUUCAAACCACAAAUUUUGGAGAGAUGACAAUCAAGGGAAAAGAAACUAGUCUGUAUAUUUAUGUCAAGCCUGACGGAUCACUUGCAACAACAGUAAGUAUUUAAUAUCUUACAUUCAGGGACUUACACUGACCAGAACCUAUAUUUAAUAGUAACUGUUCCUACCCUAUAUCAUCAUGGAUUUGGGUACGAGACGAAAUGCACCAAAAAUAAUCUGGAACAUUUUCAGAUUGAUUUUUUCCAUAAGCAAUGCAUUUUCAGCAUUAUCAUCAUAAUCUUCGCUUUUUUCUUUCAGAAAACGAAUAAUACGGGAACAAAUACUCUUUCCUGGGCAGAACAGAAAACAAAACAAAUGUUCUCUACAUUUUCAUCGGUAUCGAUUGGAAAUUAUCUCAGUAUUAGAAACAACGGGAAAGUGAAAACGGCCAAGAAAUCUUCUGCUCAACUGGGACGAAGUGAAAUGUGGUUUGUCCAAACAGUCUAAGCACUUCGAUACAGCGAUACUCGAGUAUUACAUUUCAUUGCGUUGAAAACUUUUGAAUAUUUAUUAUAAACAUAUUUAUUAUAAGUAGUUAAUAACCUCCACUGUAUUAUAGUAGUGUGAAUGGAAUAAAUUGCAGUAAAAAAGAAUCGCUGGAUUUUUGCAUUUAUUAGAACGAAGGGAUACAUAUAUGUACAAUAUAAUCACAUGGAUUAAGAAUUCAAAAGGCAGAAAUGAAUGACGAUUGACAAAUGGUAAAUAUAUUAGAUAUCAGGGAGCUUAAAGCAAGCGACCCAUCGGGCACACGACGUUGUUUCAACGUUGAAAUUUGGUAGAAAAAAGGUUGCGACGUCGAGAACCUAAUAUCUACGUUGCUCAGACGUUGUUUUACAAACAUUGGUUCAACAGCAGCCAACAGACGUUGAAUUAACGUUCAUUCAUGGUUAAAUGUACGACGUCGAUUUGUGAACCAAUCUCAACGUUGUUUUAACGUGGAUUCAACGUUGAAUUAUGGUUGACGAGAUUGGCAACCUAAUUUCAACGUUGUUUCAACGUCGAAACAGUAACGUCGAUCCAAUUUGCAUAGUCAACCCUUGUUCAACGUCUAUCCAACGUCUGGAAGGUCAUUUCCAACGUUGAUUCAACGUUGGAUAAACGUCAUUUUGCCCGCUGGGGACGUUUUGUUAACACGACGUCAGAUUUCAAAGUGUCGAGGGGGGCUGGAUUAAAAACUGUGUUUGUGUGAGGUUGUGUUUUUGCUUCCUUAUACGAGCUCUGGUGCAAAAUGCCGUCAAAAUUAGUUACACCAAUUUUCGAGUGACGUCCGUGUUGAGAAAGACGUCGCCUGCAUGCAGUGGCGGAAACUAAGGGGGGAGGGGCAAGGGGGGGGGGCGAUUGCCAUAUUAUUGUCUUCAUAGCAUGCACUGAACCGAAGAUAUAAACAUACAAAGUCGUCAGCUCCUAGAAGUUGACAUGCGUGGGACUUGCCGAGAAAGGGUCAGAAAGAGUUAAACCACCUUGCAAUUCCAUUCACAAGUGAUUUUCUCUGAAAUGUCGUUUUUUUAUGCUUGGCAUAUAAUUUAUAACAAAAUGCACCAUUAAAUUAAUGUUUUGAAAACUUGAAAUUUACAAAAUGUGCUCUAAGAAUGCUGCAAAUGCCAUUUCAAGGAUCCAAAUUCUAAAAAUUUUCUUUAGCAGCAUUCCCCCAUACUGUACACUGUACUCCCUAGAAAUCCCGUGCCUUUGGCACUCGCCCCCCUCCCCCAAUAUUUCGCAAAGCUUCCGCCACUGCUUGCAUGCUUAAGCUUAUUAUAUUACUGAGUUUCCAACCCAUUUUCGAUCACAGGGACCCAAUUCCGGGUCUUAUUGAAGUUAUGUAUUAGAAUUACGUAUGAAAUAUAUAGCUCAGUGUUGAAGCCUGCAAUUUGCGGGCUAACGCGCGCGUUGAAUACACAAUACAUAUAUUUUGUGUGUCUCAUUAAUAUUCAAAUUAUGAGGGCGAACUUAUUAAUAUUCACAGUAAUGUGGGCGAUUCAUUAAUAUUCAGAUAAUCAUUAAUAUUGAGAUAUAUAAGGUGAAACAUUAAUAUUCAGAUAUAACGGCGACCAUAAAUAUUCAAAUAUAUGGGGGCGACCUUAUUAAUAUUCACAUUAAUGCGGGCGACCUCAUUAAUAUUCUCACAUCCAUGAGGGCGAACCAUUAAUAUCACAUCAAUGAGGGCGAAUCCAUUAAUAUCACAUCAAUGAGGGCGUCGGCGAACCAUUAAUAUCACAUCAAUGAGGGAGAUCAAAUAUUCAGACGCAUAUGGGGUCUUCUCGAUUUACGGGUAAGCUUCCCACCUUGCUGGCUCUUAACUCAUCGAACUGAAAUAUCUGAAAAUUUGAUUGUGUGCAAAGCUUAUCAAAUACUCACAAAUUUCACAACUACCUAUUGUAUGGAAGACGAAAAAACCUAUAGAAGACGGCAAUCAUGAUCAUCUUGGUGGAUUUCAUUCCUGGUCGUAUCGAGUCAGAGAUCGUAAAGCUACUAAUAAUACGACAAGUUGUUGUUAAAACAAACCAAAAAACAAUAGACAUCAAAUAAUUGGAUAAAUAGGAUCAAUAAAACUAUAUCCUUGUAGUCCACUAUGUCGUAAGAUUGCUUUUUUACAGCCCAUGAUCAUCAUCCUGCACGGGUUGUAAAGAAAUUCUUCGUUUCCAUAUGACGUUGAUUCUAAAGUUUACUUUACCCGUUAUGGCGAAGUAGUUAAUUUUGUAUUUAUUGGUUUGUUUUAACAACAGCUUAUCGUAUUGUUGGUAUCAAUCUCUGACUCGAUACGACCAGGAAUAAAAUUUUUUUAUGUUUUAAAAAUCAACCAAGAUGGCGUCGAACAGGGGCGGCGGAACCGGGGGGGCUAGGAGGGCUACAGUAAAAGUGGGGGGGGGGGCUUAGCCCCCCCCAGAAGUAAAAGUGGGUUAGCCCCCCCCAGAAAAUUUAGUUUUUUGUGGAAAAAUGUUGAUAAUUAAGGAAAAAUUGAGGUUAUUUUUUGAAAAUUUAGGUAUAAGGGGAAAAAUUUGCAAUAUUUUGUUUAAAAAUUGUGUAUUUCCGGAAAAAAAUUUUGUUAUAUGUCCGGAAAAAUUUUUUUCAUCCCUUUUCUUGUAUAUGUCCGGAAAAAUUUUUGUACCCCUAAAAUGGUACACUGACCGAAAAUUUUUUGGCGACGGGGGGGGGGGGCGUUGGGGGGUCACAGGAAAAAAAUUUAGCCCCCCCCCCAGAAUGAAAUCUGUUCCGCCGCCGCUGGCGUCGAAUGCAUUAAUUAAUUGUUGUAGACGAACGUACCUAUACAGUAAUUCCAGACGUUUGAGGAUGUAUAUUAUUUUCAAGUGAAAACUUUCUAGUCCUUGGUUCAUAAGCAAUAAGUGAUACUGCAGGAUCUGAGGCUGUUACGCGAGCUUUCUGAAUUUCAGUUGGCCACAAUGAUUGCUGUAGAGUUCUAACCAGGAACCU